AUGCCAGAGCUGAACUGUUCCCUCGAAGCCAUUUCCACGACUGGUGCCACAGUUUUCGGCGGCGCAGGCUGCCCUGAGGCGGCUGUGGUGUGUGGGAUGAAUAUCUCCUGGUUGUUGGCGGAUGGUACUGAACAAGAAUUGGAUGACGCGUGUUUGAGCGAGGAGGAGUACCUGGCCAGGCACAUGGGGCCUCUGAGGUCUCCUGUGUUCUUUCCCGUCUGCGUCACCUACCUCACCAUCUUCAUGGUGGGCGUCCUGGGCAAUUUUUUGACCUGUGCAGUCAUUUUACGCUACAGGGUUAUGCAGACGCCCACCAACUACUACCUGCUGAGCCUGGCGGUGUCCGACCUGCUGGUGCUGCUGCUGGGCAUGCCGUUAGAGCUCUACGACAUGUGGCAGAACUACCCCUUCCUGCUUGGGGAGUGGGGCUGCUACUUCAAAACCUUUCUGUUUGAGACUGUCUGCUUUGCCUCAAUCCUCAAUGUCACCGCACUCAGCGUGGAACGCUACAUGGCGGUGGUCCACCCCCUAAAGGUCAAACACAUGGCCACACGUGCUCAUGUCAAGAGGGUCAUCUUCAUGCUGUGGGUCCUGUCCAUGCUGUGUGCUGUGCCAAACACCAGUCUGCAUGGGAUUAUGGCUCUGCCUUCGAGGUUUGGACGACAGUUUCCUCGAUCUGCUAUCUGCCAUGUGGUCCAGCCCACCUGGAUAUACAACCGGAUCAUCCUGAUUUCCACGCUGGUCUUCUUCCUGCUCCCAAUGCUGAUAAUUAGCGUCCUCUACCUGCUCAUUGGCUUGCAGCUCCGCAGAGAGAAGUUAACGACCAUGGUGGACAACAGGUGUCGCUUUGGGUCGGAAAGUCUCUCCAGGUCCCACAAGCAGAAGCUGAGCAAACGCAACGUGCAAGUCACCAAAAUGCUGUGUGUGCUGGUGAUUGUGUUCGGACUCUGCUGGGCUCCCUUCCACGUGGACCGCUUGGUGUGGAGCUACAUCAACACCUCGUCCGACCAGCACCGUCAGAUCUUCGAGCACGUCCACAUCGUCUCCGGUGUUUUCUUCUACCUGAGCUCCGCCAUCAACCCCGUCAUCUACAACCUCAUGUCCACCAGAUUUAGAGAAAUGUUCAGUCACAUGACGUGUUAUACGAACAGUUGGCCGAUUCACUCCAGCUUACAGAUGACCCAACGCAGCACCUUGAGCGAGAAAACGCCCAACAACAGUGUGAAAUGGACUUAA